CAUUUCAGGAUAGUUCUUUCUUCAAGGAGUUUUCUUCUCCAUCUAUCUUCUCUAACCCUAACCCUAAUCUUCUUCCUCUUCCUUGCACCAACAUGUCUCACUUUGGAAGGUCUGGUCCUCCAGAUAUUACAGAUACCUAUUCGCUUCUCGUGCUCAACAUCACCUUCCGUACCACUGCGGAUGACCUCUACCCGCUUUUCCAUAAGUAUGGGAAGGUUGUUGAUAUCUUCAUCCCCAGAGAUCGAAGGACUGGUGAUUCCAGAGGCUUUGCAUUUGUGCGUUACAAAUAUGCAGAUGAAGCCCAGAAAGCAGUGGAGAGGCUAGAUGGCACUAUGGUUGAUGGACGAGAGAUAACUGUUCAGUUUGCUAAAUAUGGUCCAAAUGCAGAAAGGAUUCACAAAGGGAAGAUCAGCGAAGCAUUUCCCAAGUCAAGAUACAGGUCUAGAAGUCGAAGUCCAAGGAGACGAUAUCGGGAUGAUUACAGAGACAGGGAUUAUAGGAGGAGAAGUAGAAGCAGAAGCAGAAGCCGAAGCUUGGACAGGAGUGAUCGUGAUAGGCGUGGUAGAGAAAGGGAGAGGGAAAGAGACCAUCGCAGACGAAGCCGGAGCAUUAGUCCUAGGCGACCUAGUCCUGAUUACUCCAAGGGAAGGGGAAGAGGACGCUAUGAUGAUGAGCGAAGAAGUCGUAGUGUUAGCCGUAGCCGAAGUCGUGGCCGUAGUCGUUCUGUGGACAGUGGUUCUCCUGGUAGACGAAGCCCUAGUCCAAGAAGGAGUCCAUCUCCUCGAAGGAGCCUCUCUCCUCGUAGGAGUCCAUCUCCCAGGGAUGAAAGUCCUGAAAGAAAUGGUAAUGGUGGUGGAAGGUCUCCAACUUCUAGGAGUGUUUCACCGAGAGGGCGACCUGCCGACUCACGAAGUCCAUCCCCACAAAAUUCAGAUGAUAAGUGAAUACGGAUGGGAGGAGAACUAUGGACAUAACCGAACAGGCAGGAAUGAAUGCUUUGAGGACUUGUUGAUUAAAAAUGUUAUCAGACUAUAAAUUCUAGUUUUGGUAGGACUUUCCUAUGGUGUUCAAUUCUCAUAUAUUGAGCUUCAUGUUCCUAUCUACUAUCUUGUAUCAGUUUGAUACUUUUUACCUCUGCAGUCUGUAUCCUUAUUUCCAGUCAUAGGUUAUAGCUUCGGGACAUGUUCUUCCUUUAUAUUUCUGCUUCUCUACUCUGUAGUACCAGUACUAUGUUUUGAGCAAUUGUGGUGUCUUUUUCUUUUUCCUUGUAUUUUUUUAAAUUUAUUUGAGCCAUUCUUAUUCAUCAUGAAUCCUCUAUUGGAUUUUAUAGUUAUGUUCGGGGUAAGAGUGACUGGCGCCUGAUUGGCGGAUGUUGAUUUUGUGGCUGUUGAUGCUGUUUCUAUGUGAUAGAUGGGUGUUCGUGACUUUGAUGCUGGUUGCAGCAGUUUGCUGACUUUAUCAGUAUGAUUUGUCUAUGAAGUAUGAUGUUGCUGUGGGAAGUUUCUUAACUAAUAUUCACUGGAUAAAAUUGUUGGUAAGGUUUUUGGUCACGUUUAAAUGUUUUUUAAAAACUUAAUAAUGCUUUAGGAUUUGAUGUUUGACCUGAUUAUCCAUUCUGGUCUAUCCAAGUUUUGAAAGCACUUUCACCCGCAAGGAGAUCUAGAGGCCUUGAUAUAUAGGUUUGACCCACCUAUGUUGAUCGAUUUUUUUUAACGCAUAGCUGAUGAUGCAUUUGAGAGGUGUAUUGAUUGAUUUUAAUGGUGAAAGUUGGUUGAAGAUAAUUUAGCUACAGGUUUGAACUUUUAGCCAUCGUAACAAAAGUUUUUAGUUUUCUAUGUUAUUUGAAGGGGGUGGCUUCAAACUCACAGGUUUACUAUCCCAAACAUUUAGAUCAAUCUCUUGCUGCUUGAUGUGGUGACUGACUGUAUUGUAGCUUUCGGAUUACACAAUUGGUGCUGUGGUGUUUGAUAGCAGAUACGUUUGUUGAUGUACGAUAGACAUGAGUUCGAUUGGCUGUUGCUGCCCUUGUGGGGGGUGAGACUGGCAAUGAUGCUUCAGUUGCUCGGCAAUGGCUGUAUCAAUGCUUGCUUUCCUUUAAAUAUAAGGGUCUGCAUGUAUAGUGGCUUAACAUCUCCUGAAAGAAAAUUUAUUUAUGAAGAAUUAUAAUAUCGAUUUGCAAAAUUCGGUUCCA